GACGCAGGGCGUAUCGGCGACGAAAUGAAGCAUGCAGCAUGCGUGGUAGCGGUGUCACGGCUGCGCGGUCCUGCCUUCAACCCCUGGUGUCCGCCAGCCGCUACCUCGCCGUCCACGCCCUCCCCGGUGAUCCCCUGUACUUCGUCGUUGAGGCAAAGUCACGAGUAAAGGAGGUUUAUGCGCAAACAUGCUUACUGCUUGGGCAACAGGGCAUGCGAGACUGCGAACUUUUUGGCCUAGCAAUACUUUCAGAUGGCGAGUAUCUUUUUGUGGACCCCGAGAGUAAGCUGAGCAAAUACGCACCGAAGAAUUGGCGAAGUUCUCAUACUUACGGCCUAGACAGCAGUGGACGACCGGCUUUUGUGCUUUAUUUUCGCGUUCGAUAUUAUAUCGAUACUCCUUCGCUUUUAAGCGAUGAAACAACGCGACAUCAUUAUUACUUGCAACUGCGGGAUAACGUGGUCAGACAUGGAGGUGGUGUGGAGAGUCUUCACCCACAUCAUCCCUUGCAUACUCAAGAGAUUAUUGCUCAUUUGCUCAUCCUCGCAGGUCUUGCACUCCAAGCGGACCUCGGUGACUACUCAGAAGAACGUCAUCGACCACACGCCGGUAGCGUUGGAUACUGCAAACCAUCAGACUACUUACCACCCCACAUGUGUCUUGAGGCCAACGUUCUCAGCAUUCUUGCUUCCCAGCACCGCGACAAUCGUGGUCUCUCUCGGGAAGAGGCUGAACUCCAGUAUAUUCGAGAAGCGGUGCUCCUGGAAGCGCCGCUUAACGCUCAUCUCUAUCGACUGCGACGUACAAAAGGCGAAGCCGGACCAGGACGUAUUCUCCUCGCAAUUUGCGCUCGAGGCGUGCGAGUCUAUACAGAGGAGGAAACACCGAGAGUCUUUGCCUGGAAUAAUAUCGGCAAACUCUGCUUUGAUCGCAAAAAAUUUGAGAUACGAGCAGUCGACCAACCUGACAAACUUACCCUGUACAGUGGAUGCGAUGAUAAGAGCAAGCUCCUGCUUGGGUUGUGUCGCGACACCCAUCAGUUUUCUAUGGCUAUAGCGCCUCGAGUUACUGAAGCACGCCGUCGUGAGGAAGAAGAGCGAAAAGUCCUCCGAGACUGUUAUAUGUAUCCAGCGAGAUGCAAACUCAGUAUGACAGCCCGAGGUGCUCGUGGAGAUCAACGUAUAUCGGUUAUUUCAAGCACGUCUUCCAAUACAACUUCAGGAAUUGUUAGUGAUCGUGUUCAUAGUGAGGAUGAACCCGACACAGCUCCAGCAUCUACUGAAUGUCUAGCAAGACUUACUGAAAGUUCGAGCUCAUCAAUUCCUAAUGAUAUGGAACAAUCAAGACCAUCAUCACCAACGGCUGUAGACGAGAUCGAUGGUAAUGAUGUUAAUUUAUCGAUGACAACUAGACUUACAACUAAUGCAACUCCCGGUACUGAAGGAUCACAAUGCAGUAGUAGUUGUAGUACUGUUGUUGUUGUAAAUUCACCAACGACGAAUUCAGUAUCUCAAAGACCACGACGUACCUCAGCCAAUUCAAGUCUUGAACUUGGUUACUCUCACACAGCACAGAACUCUGCUGUUUCAUCUGAAUCAACUAAUUUUCCAGGAGUUAUUUAUGAUAGAUGUAAAAAGUCAACUAAAUUUAUAAAUAAUGAUGUAUCAACAUUAAACGUUGAUGAAGGAUUCACUGGAACAGACAUAGCAAGUGAAACAAGUGGUGUUUAUACUUUGAGAAGUAGUGCAAUUCCAGAUGAAAGAAUGAAUGAAUUAUAUUCGGCAACAGAAGAUGCUAAUGAGUCCAUGGGAACAAGUAAUGUUUGUAACUUAAGCUCUGUACAGUCUACAACCGAUGAAGCUUCAGUUACAUCAGGAUUUUACACAAUUCAUAGUGAAUUAAGAUCUGAAAGUGAUGUUUAUACUGAAGAUGCAAAUCCAGAUGACCAAGAGCCAAUUUAUAGUAUUUGUAAAGAUGACGAUGAGGAUAUGACAAACUCUGUAGGCUUACCAAAUGUUAAUAGAGAACAUUCCGAUGAUUCAAGAUCAAGAAGCAACAGUAUUUUAAGUGCAGGAAGUUUUAGAGGUGAUGGAAGUGACCCUCCAGGUGCUGGACCUUUGUUAACAGCUGAUGAAUUAUCUGAUUUGAUAGUCGGACGAUACCCACCAAGAAAAACUAUAAGUAAUUCAAUGGAUUCUGACUGCGACUAUGUUACAAUGCCACCACCGCCAGCUCCACCCCCAAGAAUGGACAGCAAUGAUAGAAAAUUGCCAACUCCUCCUCCUUAUCCUUCGAAUAUUGAUUUUAAAUCAUUGAGCUUAAAUCAUUCCAGAUCUAAAAUACCAUCAGGAGCUGAAAGAGAGCCUCCUCCACCCCCUCCGUAUAAUUCUCCACGGGUAGAUUUUGUUCCUUUGCCCCCAAGAAGAACAGAACCACCACCUCCACCUCCCUAUACAUCACCACGAGAAAGAAUUCAAAUUCCUCCACCCACGCCUCCAAGAAAUGAUGCUAUCACUCCACGAGAACCGCCUCCACCCCCUCCAUAUCCAGAAAUUCCUUCGGUAUGUCAAGAAGCUAUCUCUAAACUCUAUCCCGGAGCUGGAGAUAAUUUGUUCACAAGAAUGGCCAGUGGGAAGAAUUAUAAUGCUCUUGGUACCAAUAAAGUUAACUGUAUUUUAACAACUUCUUCAUUGACGGCAUCUACUGCAGUAGUUACUGAUACUCCAGUCAGUCCAGCACCGAAACCACCUCCAAGAAUUCAACCGCCUACUUAUCCAGGAGAUAAAAUGAAACCUACUCCUGUUCAUGCUCCUGUAGCUGCGUUAGUUGUAGGACCAAAUAAUUAUCUGGACGUUCAUGCUUCUCGUGGUGCUCCAGUUUUGUUACCUUACUUGACAUCUCCUGCGUCUCCAGCACCACCACCACCACCGCCAAUGGUUCAUCCGAGGCAACCGCCUCCACCACCACCAAGUUUGGCCACGGUUUAUACGAGUCAAGUAGCCAGGUCACAAAUAGAACAAUACAGACAACAGCUUUAUUCUGAUGUUGAUUAUGUCAUGUUUCCUCUCAAAGAUCCAGCGGUUUCUAAACAGGAGUACAUUGAUGCCAAACAAGGAUCUUUAUUAUCAGGAUUAACAUCAUAUCCUCCACCUCCGUAUCCAUCUUUUAAUAAUAAAUCAUCAGUUGUCUACAGAAGUACUCCUUAUUUACCUGGAUCAUCAUUUUCAUCCAGUACUAAAUACGCUUCUAAUUUAAAUUUGAGUGAUACCAGCUCUAAUUAUCCUAUUCAUGGGAAUCUAAGCAGCCAUUAUGCUGCUAGUACGAGCUCUCUCUAUAGCGGUGCUACGUGUUCGUCUUCAGUAGGAAGUCAGAGUUUGAGAAGAGAACCGUCAGUCCCAGUACAACCAUAUACUUUGCAUGGUUUUUCACGCACCAGAAGCGAUGAGAAUAUUCUCAAGUGUUUUGAGACACUUUCUUCUUCUAAUACUACUACUGCUGUUACUACUACUACUAACAAGCUGCAAUCUCUUCCGCAAUCCAAACAUAGACGAUUACCACCUCCACCACCACCGCCUCCAUAUGAAAUUCAGAAUUUAGAAAAAAAUCAACCGCUUCCUUCUUCAUCAUCAGGAACUUCAUCUCAAGUUUCCAUAUCAAAUUCAGUUACAUCCGUAAUUGAGCCUGAAGAAGGAAAGGAAGAUGGGAUGCUUGAUAUACGAACUCUUCGAGAGAAGAGUAGAAACCUUGAUUUGCCUCUCAUAUCGGCUCUCUGCAAUGACCGUUAUUUACUGAAGCAAACUAAGGCUUUCGUAUUGCCAAAGCAUCCAAUAGAGAAUUCAGCAGCUUCAUCAAAUUCAAAAAAUGUUAAUUCUCCUUCGAGAAGUAAUAAUACUAACGUUGGCACUACCUCGAGUAGGACUAAAUAUCCCGUAAGUGGAUUAUCUGCAAUGCAAAUUUCAAAACCACCGAGGAAAUCGUCAACGAGUACACAUCGACAUCCUUCUGAGAUUAAAGGCAAUGCCUAUAAAAUAAAUUCACCAACAAAGGCUUCACCAGUUAAAAAAGACCCUACCAGGGCAUCACACUCGUGAAAUUACAUGAUUUAAUUCCUCAGACCGUGCUUCUUCAACUCAGGGUGCCAUUAAAAAAUAAUAAUUAUUCCUUUUCACGUCACGAGGUCAAUUCUUCAUCAAAACUCAACAAUCGAAGAUAAUUAUUUUUAAAUAAAUUUUAUUAUUUUUAGUUUAGUUGGAAAAAUAAAUAAAAAACUUUUUGUUUUAAUUUCAUGCAAUUGACAUGAUAUUAAUUAAUGUAAAUUAGUGAUUUAAUUAUUAUCACUAGUAAAUAAUAAAUUAAUAAGAAUGACUUCGUUGAUGCUGUAAUUUGCUCAAAUAUUGUCACAAAAAUUGAUAAAUUGUUUUUUCAUUUUGAAUAUAAACUUGUAGUAUUACCAAACGUAAGCAUAAAUACGUGUUACAAAAAUAAUAGCUAAAUACAUUAUGCUACACGUAAAUACUUUAUUCAUAAUGUGCAAACAUUUUUUUAGAUACUAAGAAAUUAUACACGUAUUUUUAUACUCAAGGAGAUAAGUAACAAUCAAGUGUUGUUAACGCAAUAAAAAAUAGUA